AUGGAUGAUGAAUGGCUCGAGUAUACAAAUGAAGAAUGCUUCGAAUAUCAUGAUCCUGAUAUUGAUUACGAGAUAUUAGAUGACAACGAAAGCUACCUUGAAAAUGUGUCUGAAAUACCAACUCCAAAAACUAUAACUGAUGAAAGUGUAACAACAGAUAACGAAUGCAUUAAUGACAUUACUUUUGAUAAAAGAGCGCUAAAUCAUGCAAAAAAUUUUGCAGCAUCCACUCUUGAAGAUUUAGCAUUAGAACAAGACGAAAGGGAUAUUAAUUGGUUAACGUUAGAUGUUGACUUGCAAUCAGAGGUUGGGUCUAUGUGGACUUUACCAAUGGAUGAUAGUCAUGCAAUCGAUUAUGAAAUAGGUGGUGAGGCAGAUAUUAAUCGAAGUAAUAAUCAAUGUGUUAUUAUUGAUUAUGUCGAAGGACAUUUUCAACGUUGUUUAAAUCCUGUAUAUAGACCAAUUAAGCAACUUAUGGGGAUUUGGGAAUUAGAUUUUCAGGCUUUAAAUAUAGCACUCAAAGCAGGGACGGAAAAGACAUUAACUAAUUUAGGAAAGGACCAUGAAUUUGUCAGAUCAUUUACAAGUCAAACGCGGUCAAAAUUUGUUUGUUCUCACUGUUUUAAUAAUGAAGGUGGGCAUUUUUUUCAACGAAAAGGAAAAGGCUUACCACAAUUUUCUUGUACUGAAAAGCAUGUAAAUGAUAAUCAACUUUCUCUUCACCUUUUGGGACGAUGGAUUCAAGAAAUGUCGACAGAUCAAGAUCAGCAACUACAAGCUAUACUUUUAGAAGAAGUCUGGUCAGCUAUUGUUAAAUUUUUAGACAAAAAAACAAGUAUAUCUAAGGAUUCAACAAAUAAUACAAAUGCAAAUCAAGUUAUACAAAUAAAUCCGCCAACAUAUUUCGGAAUUAGAGCUGCACUUCGUAUGAAGAAAGUAAAUUUACGCAGAUUAGAAGAAAAAAAUCGAUAUAUUGAUCUUAUAACAAAUCAGUCACAGGAACUAGGAGAAGCUUUAGGAACCGUUGUUUGGAGAUCAAGAUCAGAG